AUGCCAAGUCCUAUUGUAGGGACAUGGCACGCCAGUGGUUUCUAUGGCAACCACAGAAGCAGAUGCAGGAGUGACUUCAACCAGGAGUAUCGAAAAGCAGCCCGUCCGCAGCCUCCUGACAUCUUUUUGAAGAGGAUGAAGGAAACCCCUUCAAAGCACAUAUUCUCCAAGCAUGACAACCGACAUGCCUUCUCAGGAUCAGCUACCUGUUUUGAGCAGGGCUUAGGGAGAAGAAAAAUAGAAGGGAGUCUUCCCAAUACCCGGUCCUUGAUUGACUGGGUCCCCUUGAAAGAGGAAUUAGAACGUGACAGGCCCCUUCUCUCGAGUUAUCAGUGCGAUUUCCACUCCAAAGGGAAGAUUCCCCAGCUCUUAACCGAACAAUACUUUCAGAAGCAACCUGUACAACGCACACCCAGCACCACCUACCAACAUACCUACCACAGCUACUGUUUGCCUCAACCUAACCCAAGCAUACUCCAAGAGCAGCAAUUGGCCAAGGAUCCCAAACCAAAAGAUCCCGAGCCCACUGUUCCUGCCUCCAGUGAUCCUCCAGCUCCUGCCUCCAGCGAGGUCACGGCAACAGACAACACAACGGCUGCAGAAGAUGUCACUCCAGCACCUGUUUCUAAGCGUUCUGCGUUUCUUCUUCCACCCCGACUGACAGUUUCCGACUGUUUGUACUGGCACAAUUGUUGA